AUGCGAUACUGGCGUUACUUCCUAGCAGCGGCAGCAGCUGUUGCAGGAGCGCUGGAGUGCCGACCACAUGGCCCGAUUCUACCACGGCCCAACCUCGCCAAGUCCCAGUCAUUCCAGAAAGCGACACGAGAGCUACAAGAGGCACUGGAUGCAGCAACGGGCGUGAAGAUACGGGCAGGAUGGGAGGUUCCCAAUACGACGAUAUCUCUCGCCUUCGUGUCCAAAGACCAGCCCGUGCCGGGCAUCCCUUUGUGGGAAUACCAUCACCUGGCCUCCAAUACUUUCUUGGGCACGCGGAGGGUCGAUAGGAACUCUCAGUAUCAGAUCGGCUCCAUAUCCAAAGCCAUCACGGAUGCGGUGUUGAUACGGAGUGGGAUAAACCUCGACGAUCCAAUCACGCGGUACAUACCUGGACUUUCUGGCCCCGCGCAGAUUCCAUGGGAAACAAUCACCUUGCGCGGACUGGCAUCCCAUUUGGCCGGCAUUCCUCCCAACUAUGGUGGAUCCGAGUCGUUCUUACUCAAAGGAUUUUAUGAAUCUCUCGGACUUCCACAUAUAACGCCAGCGGACUACCUCAUGUGCGACGUAAUAGGAUUGAACUACGGCUGCUCACGACCCCAAUACGUUGUCGGCUUGAGGGCAGCCCGGCCGGUGGCACCACCCAUGUCUCGUCCGGUUUACUCCAACGUCGCCUUCACACUACUUUCGUACGCUCUGGGCCUGAUGCGUGGCCAGGAAUAUCCGGCGCUUCUCUACGAGUACAUUACAGGUCCCCUGCAAAUGAAAAAUACCUAUCCGAGUCCGGGUCUUUCUUACUGGAACUCGACGAUCCCGCCAGUGGGAAAUAGUUGGGGGGCUUAUUUUGGCGAUGCAACCCCUGGCGGGGGGCUGGUGUCUUCACUUUCGGACCUGUCGAGCUUUCUGCACGCCAUACUCACUUAUUGCAUUUUCGAUAACCCGGCCGAUGUACGGGAGUGGCUACAGCCGCGCUCCUUUACGGGAAGCCCGCACAGCUUUUUCGGAAUGCCCUGGGAGAUCUACCGGCCGCCACCGCAGGCGCUAUUUUCCAAAACAUACGACGCCAAAACGGGACACGGCGGACACACGGUGACCAUAGCAACCAAGGACGGCGCCGCGUACGGCUACCGGGCGCGCAUGUCGGCCAUUGACGAGUACGGCGUGGGGGUGGUGCUCCUGGCCGCGGGCGACUCGAGCUCGGCGGUGACAGCCAUCAGCGACGCCAUGUUGUCGGUCCUGAUCCCCGCCGUCGACGCCGCGGCGCGCGAGCAGGCCGUGGAGCUGGGCUACACGGGCACGUUCCGAAACUCGUGCGGUGGCGGGCCGUCCCUCUCGGCGACGCUGGCGCUGGACGGCACCAGCCUGGUGCUCCAGUCGCUGUCGCGCGCCGGCAAGGACAUGGUGGCGGCGCUGCUCGAGAUGUUUGGGCUCACGUACGGCAUGCUCGUGCCCAACUACCGGCCGGGCUCGCUCCUACGGCUGUACCCGACCGAGGUCUCGACUCGGGAGACGCUCAUGGGCAGGCGGGUGGUCAAGGAGGACUGGCGGUUCGUCUGGGACGUGACGCGGCAGUCGAGCAGCGAGCUCCCGGGCGCGGGGGUCGGGGCAUACGACUGCUUGGCGUGGGAGGCCGUCGAUUGGAUCUACUACGGGUCCGAGUCUGUGGACCGCAUCGUGUUUGUUAAGGACGCCGAGUCGGGCGAGGUUUUGGGCCUCGAGGUGCCGUUCCUACGCGCUAGUGCGUUCAAGGGCGAAGGCUGGUGUGGGAGCUGA